GUAAUGUGACUGGUGUUCCCUCACCUGGCUUGCCGUGAGUAUCUUCUUACACAACAUUCCUUUUUUACAUCUCAACAACUCUAAAGUACUUUCUGUUUCUGCUGCUGUUGGCCAUGAAGUUAUGGCCUUAAAUAAAAUGGGGGGUGCUGGUUGAAAAAGCUGAAUCUAAAUAUUGGGAGUUUUCUUGGGCAGCCACUAUGCUUUGUCACUUUUUCAUUCUGCUCUAUGCUCUCGGAUUCAUCAUAAGUAUCUCUACUUGCUGUUAUGGGGACAUGGGUGAAAAUAAAGUCUUGAUUGUUGGGGAGGAACUGUGGAAGGAAACACUUAAAUUACAAAUGGGUUCUCGGAUGUAUCAAUUGCAAGGGCUGAAAUCACGUACUUGGUAUGAAGUGAAGAUAUCAUAUCCAGCUUCUAUACCUGCUAGCUUUUCUAUACAACUGAAGAAGGAGCGUUCAGACUUGGGAAUAAACCGAAAUAGGAAAUUACUUAAUACUGAAAAAUUGAUUUUCAAGACCCAUAGUGAUGGUAGUAAUCAGAGUAAAUUGUACGUUUUGGUGACUGUGGAGCCUGAGGGGUUUGUUGCAAUACGACAUGUACCAGAGAGGCAGGACAUCAUAUUUAACAUAGUUUGCGAUGAGUUGUUAUUGGGCAUCCCACAUAAGGCUUGGUGGGUUGCAAUCUUGGUGAUGCUCUGUCUCGGACUGGCGAUCAUCAUUCCUCGUUUUCUUCCAUCAUAUCUGCUCCUAAGGAAUGGAAGCCCCCAGUUACUAAAUCAGAAUUUUUCCAAAGAAUAUUGAUAAGAUGCCUGACAAUGGCAGCUUCCUUUUUACUAUGGUUCAUUUGGCAGUGGACACUGACCUGCACGGGUGUUUGUUCAGUUCUAAAACUUCUACCUUGCGAAAAUUGCAUCUGCAGUUAUUGCUAAUGUUCAAAGUUAGUCCCAAAGUUUUACUCAGUGGGCAGACAUUUCAGAGGGUGUCAGAAUGCGCCUGUUGGUAUCCAGCAACACUUGGGAAUGACCUCUGGUACCAUCUGCUUUGAUUUGAAGGACUAUCUCAUGUAUGCUAACGUCUACACAAGUGAUACUUUCACUUCUUAUGAAGUAUUAGUUUUAUCUGCAAUUGUUUGAAUGAAUUCUUUUAUCUAAUUGGUUUACAAAAGUUUCCUGGAUGUACAAAA